AUGGGUGGAUCGUCAUAUAUUGAGUUACCGACGUAUAUUGACAGGAAACGAGGAACAAUAAACCCUCAAAACAUUGACCAGGAGUGUUUUAAGUGGGCAAUUCUGGCGAAGCAUGUGACUGUGACAGGUUCAGUGGUAUAUCGUAUCGGAGAAAAUUAUAAAAAACAUGAAGGAAAAUAUAAUUUUGACGGCCUCACCUUCCCCACGCCUCUAUCGGAUAUAACUAAAUUCGAAAAAAAUAACGUUAAAGUGUCCGUAAAUGUUUACGGAUUGGAAAAAAAGUUUCAACCGCCCAGGAAAUAUCCGACGUAUGAGGUGUACCCGUUACGUGUGGUCGACGAAGAAAAAAAGGACCAUUUUGACUUGUUUUUAAUAACGGACGGCGACAACUCGCAUUAUACUUACAUCUCUAAUUUUUCACGACUAGUGCGUGCGCAGAAAACCGGACAUAGUGAGAGAGUUGUUUUUUGUAAAAGGUGUUUUACGUCAUUCGACAACCGAAAUUUAAAAUACAAGUUGAGUGGGCAGGAGGCCCUGGACCAACAUAAACUGAUUUGUGGGGCGCAUAAGCCAAUUUUUCCGGAGAUGCCGAAGGAGGGUGAUUGUGUUGAGUUCAGGGCGUGGAAAAACACGGUGAGACACCCGUUUGUAAUUUACGCGGAUUUUGAGGCGAUCUUGGCGAAGACGGAGGAAAAGAGGGGUGAUAGUACCACAAUUAUGCAUAGACAUGAAGCUAUGAGCUAUGGGUUUUUGGUGAAGGCGAGCGAGGACGUGCCGGCGGAUUUAUUGGUUCAAUACGGGAUACCGGCGGGGCCGGUAAUCUACAGAGGCAGCGAAAACAGGACAGACGUGGCGAGACAUUUUGUGGAGACGAUUGUUGAUGUGGCCCGGAAAAUCGAAAAUCUGAUGAAGGCGAAUAUUCCUUUAAUCAUGACCGAGGGCGAAGAAAAAACACACCAAGAGUGUAAUGCGUGUAACUUAUGCAAAUGCAUAUUAGCCGGGGGCGAUAAGGUUAGGGAUCAUGACCAUUUAACGGGCAAAUUUAGGCAGACCUUGUGCUCUAGGUGUAACUUAGAGUUGCAACAGCCUAAAUUUGUCCCCGUAUUUUUUCAUAAUCUCUCAAACUACGAAUCGCACUUCAUAAUCACUGAACUUGGGUGUGAUACACAGGCGAUCAACGUUAUACCGAACAGUGAGGAGAAAUUUAUAUCUUUCUCGAAAUAUAUAAGUAGUACCUUCACUGUUCGGUUUAUCGACACGUUCAGGUUUAUGGCGUCGAGUCUGUCGUCCCUGGCCGAAAAUUUAGUUACACCCGAACAUGAGAACUUCCGUGAGACAGCCAAACAUUUUGUCGUCGGAGAUAUGCCGCUUGUGACACGUAAAGGUGUGUACCCAUACGAGUACACAGAUAGUUGGGAGCGGUUGGAAGACAGGAGACUACCGAGUAAGAGGGAUUUUUUUAGUACGUUGACGGAGACCGGGAUUAAGGAGGAAGAUUUCGAACACGCAAAGUUGGUCUGGGACCACUUUGAUUGCAAUACGUUGGGCGAAUAUAGCGACCUGUAUCUCAAAAUCGAUGUGUUGUUGUUGUCGGACGUUUUCGAGAACUUUCGCGAUGUAUGCAUGCGGGCAUACAACCUCGACGCCGCAAAUUAUUUCACCGCCCCAGGACUUAGUUUUGACGCAAUGUUGAAGUUUACAGGGCAGAAACUUCAAUUAUUACAUGAUUAUGACAUGUUGUUGAUGUUCGAGAAUGGUAUGCGCGGUGGACUAGUGCAAGCGAGUAAGAGGUACGCGAAGGCGAAUAAUACAAAAACUCCGGGGUAUGAUGAGACAAAAGAUAAAUCAUGGAUAGUAUAUCAGGACUGUAAUAACUUGUACGGAUGGGCUAUGUCGCAGUACAUGCCGUACGGUGGGUUCAACUGGGUUGAACCUACAUUGAAUGGAUUGAACGAUUUGAUUGACACCUCCCCCAUAGGACGAGUGGAAGACUAUGCAAUCGAAGAGGAAGGAGAUGAAGAUGGAGUUGGUGUCGUGUGA